GAAGAAUAGCCUGGCUCCCCUAGAAUGCUGCACGGACUUACACACCUACCUACUGGAACCUAAAUAAUAUGUGACAUGCCACCUGUUGAAAUUGUCAACGUAGGUGCCCAAGCAAGAGCAAUAUUGAAAUAAUAAAGCCUUGGAUAAGACAACAGGGCCUGUUCCGAUUCGCACCUCGACAUUGUUCACAAUCUUAACGCUUUAUGAGAGUGGCAUAGCCUUGACUAUAAGCUGCGCAUCAACUUGGAACCUAUAUGUUACCUAGGUAAUUCAUUUUUAGAUCUUUUUACCUAUCUGUCUAUUCAGUACACCGAUUCCUCUUCUCGGUAAGCUAUACUCGGGAUUAUUGAAUGAAUUCAGAGGAUAUUUCUGGGCGAAACAUCACAACGAUGAGUGAUCGGGACGAGAAGAAAGAGAAAGGGAUAAGAAGGGGGAUAAGAAGAUUAACGGCGGGAUUUGGAAUCAAAAGACAGUCCAAGAGCGAAAAACAGAAGUUGCUAUUAUCAACUAGAGAUACACCAAGCCCUGAUAUUCCCCAUGAGAUCCGUGAGAUUCCAGCGGGGAUCUCAACGCCUCAGACUGUCGAGAUAGAACCCCAGAUCUCACCCAGCCCGAUUGUCAAGAGCAGGGAAAUACUGCAACCAGAGCCAACAGAAGAAGCCCUGGGUCAGCAGGAUCAGCAGAAUAGCACUGUUCAGCUUGCAAUAGAAAGUCCAGAACAGUCUAUAAAGUCUCAACCUCUAGUGGCAUCUGACCCAGAUCCGAGCAAUAUACUAGAGAAGCCACCGGAGCCUAUAUUGCCACAAGUCGUCGAGGUUCAGACGACGGGAAAAUCCCCCUGGGAUGAAGCAUAUGAGUCCCUCCAAGAGAAAAAUUCCAGACUCGUGCUUUGGUAUGAGACAAUAUUAUCUCCAAAUCUAGGGAAGUCUGUUCCAGACCUGCCGCCACAAAGCACAUCUUCUGACACGUUUGCAAACCUGAUCGACAAAAGAGACUGGAAAUCUAGGCGUGGCCAAAUGAAAGAGCUUUUCGAUCUCUGGCUUCAGGGUGAAGGUGGCAGCAGUCAUAAUAACGGCAUAUCGCUUGGUGAUAUUAUCAAGAACACAGUCUCAAUGACGCCGGCAGAGGCAGUGCCUGCAUGGGUUGCUAUAUCUUAUGCAGCAUCGGAGGUAGUUCUACAACCAACUAAAGAGAAUAUCGAUGACUGCAAGGGCCUUAUUUACAUCGUAUCUAGGAUGGAAUGGUACUGCCAUCUGCCAAGAUUGCUCGACGAGGAUGCAGAAGACGACGCAGCGUCCGCGGAUCUCAAAAAACGGAUCAUCUCGCUCUACGCGGCCAUAUUAUCUUACUUGAUGACCGUCGUAUGUUCCCGCCUUGGAAAUCUUACCUUUGGGACACCUAGCAACAGCAUCUUCCAAUCUCGGCGAAUAGGAUUAAAUACAGUGAAAGAUACGGAGAACGCCUUGCCAAUUUUCAAUGAGGAUCGUGUAAAAGAGCCGCUUGAAGGGUUCUUGGGGGCUAUCAGCGCUAAACCGUCGACUUCAGAGGAUGUUAUUCGCCAACCGAGUCCUUCAUAUUCUAAAACGCCGCUCUUCGACAACCUUAAGGUGAUCGACCCCAGACUCAGUCUUCCAGCUGCCAGAGAUUAUCCUGGUCAUCAACUCUAUAAAAAUCUGUCGUCAACUACGAAAUAUAGGUGGUUCCAGAACUGGGAUGUUAUUACAGAGCCAGAGAAUUGGUUGUUCUGGGUUCGGGGCGAACAUAAUCAGGGUAAGACCAUGCUCCUUACGGGGGCUGUGCUGUCACUACUAUCAGCAACAAGCCAAGAACAAUCCGGUGGUUGUUUCGUAUCCUUCUUUUUCUUUGAUCGUGCAAGAGCAAAAGAAGAGUCGAAUAGCCCUGCAGCAGCCUUGAAAACCAUAAUAUGGCUUAUUCUCGCGAACCAACCAGAUCUAGCCACGCACCUGUCAAAGAAGGCUGACUGCACCGACCGCCGAUCUUUCAACGAUCCCAACGAUUUCUUGGCCUUGUCUGACAUCUUUUAUAACAUAAUAGAAGAUGAGCGUUUCGCAAAAACGUACAUAGUCGUUGGUUCUAUCGAGGAUUGCAUAUCUGGGAAUGGUUGGCCUGGAGUCGAUCACUUUCUGGAUCUGAUCGCUCAGUCCUUAAAGCUGUCUAACAAAAUCAAAUGGCUUAUUUCAAGUGAUGAAUCGGAGCGCUUCCAAAAAGCAUUUCUGGACAAUGGCUGCCAACAUUUCAAAUUGGGUUGGCGUUCAUUAGGCAUGAAUGUUACAAUUUUGGCAUACAUAACGGCCAAAGUAGAAGAUCUCAUCAAGACGAAGAAAUAUGACGAGGAACUUGCGGAUGAAGUUGUUGACGGAUUAUUGCUUGCGUCCCAAGGAAACUACCUAUGGGUAGAUAUCGUCUACGAAGCACUGCGCUCCGAAGAAACCUGGUAUGCGACCGAUCUGCUUCACGAUGUGAAAGGGACCAAUGUCUUGAAUGGCAGUCUUUAUGACUGUAUGUUUGGCAUUUUCGACAAGUUUCCACGUCGGGAUAAGGAGUAUUGCACCAUGGUACUCUCAAUAAUGGCUCUUACGCAUGACACACUACGCAUUGAUGAACUGGAUGCCCUCGCGCACUUGGGGAAACGAGUCGAUUUAAUGAACAUAUUAAAGAAGUGCUCUGCUUUCCUAGUUACAGACGAAAACCGAGUCUCGUUUAGACACCAGUCGGCUAAGGCCUACGUACGGGAAAGAGUCUUAUCUCCCAGCCAACUACCUCGGCUACAUUCGGAGCUUGCGAAAAAUUGUAUCGAAUUCGUAGGCGAGACUCUCCGCAAGAACAAGCGCACAGUAAAAUCCCAACUGGCAGAUGGGAAUAAUGCUACACAAGACGACGCUAGUUGCUAUUCCACACUCAACUGGAUAACACAUCUGUCGGAGAUACAAGAUAUUGAAAACGAUCCCGAUGUAUACAAAAAGGUCUGCUGGUUCUUCUCGAACCACUUCUUAGAAUGGGUUCAAGAUCUGGUUUUGCAGGAGCAGCUGCCUAUGGCAGCUACCAAAUUACAAAAUCUGGAUUUUUCAUUACAACUAAGGAUAUCUCAAGAUCGCACCAUCGAACUGCUAGGAGCCAUUAUCCAAGAUGCAUAUCUCUUCAUUCGACUUCAUCAAUCAUUAAAUACCCCCAAAGAUGUCAGUGUGCAUAAUACACUUCUUUUCAGUCCGACGGAAAGCAUUAUCAAAAGGGUAUGGGUUAAGAAAGCCUUCCCCUGGCUCUUAUCCCCUCCAGCAAUGGACCGACAGUGGGGUCGUAACAUCAGGACAUUCGAUGGCCACACCGACCGAGUGAGAUCCGUGGCCUUCUCGUCUGACGGAAAACUCAUAGCUUCCGGUUCUGAUGACUCUAGCGUGCGCAUUUGGGAUGCCGAAACGGGUACGACACAACAUAAGUUCAAGAGACACGGCGGAUGGAUCGAUAGUGUCGCUAUUUCGAGCCGAGGGAUCGUCGCUGUCGGUUGCGAUGAUGGCCCAAUUAUCAUGUGGAGUCUGUCUACAGGCCGCGAAGUGAGAAGGCUCCCGACUGAGCCCGAGACUGUGAGUAGGGUUUGCUUCUCGAACGAUGGAAGCAAACUCGCGGUGUACAGUUCCUGCACAGUGAGGAUAUGGGAUCUCGACAGUGAAGUAUCCGAAUCUGGCACAUUGAAGAGUUGCUAUAUCGAGCAUUCGAAUGAUGUGGGAUGUAUAGCUUUUGGUAAAGACGAUAGGUUAUUGGCCACAGGCGCUUGUGACUCCAAAAUCAGAGUCUGGGACUUGGAACAGGGGGAGAUAGCUGUCACUUGGCUAAAAACCCACGAUGAUCUAGGGACCAACGGCGAACCUAAAGAGCAUGAUAAGUUAGAGGCAACAAGUGAAGCUACGGAACCUCGGCUGGUUACGGAGAUUACUCAUCUGCGUGAGCCACUACGAACCCUCGACUGUCACACGGGAGCGAUGAAUUCUGUCGCAUUCUCGCCCGACUCGAAAAUUAUCGCCUCCGGGUCAGAUGACGGCAUAGUCUGGAUCUGGGAACUAGACGCCGGUGAGCCUGGAAAAGAAGUCUGUAAGCCUCUCGAAGCAAAUCGCGGCGCGGUACACUCUAUUGCAUUCUCUCCUGAUGCCAACCGGUAUAUCCUCGCUUCUUGCACGGAGCGAGCUAUCGAUAUCUGGGAUGCCAAGAUUGGCGAACAUUUGAUGGUGAUGAGAUCUCCAUCGACAACAUUACACGACAUUGCUUUCUCGCCAACGGGAGGUUACUUUGCCACCGGAGCUUCUGACUUUGGUGUACACCUCUGGUAUUUUGCCAAAACAUCAAAGGAAGCAGAACAAACUAGCAUAUUCAAGCCAGGACGGAUAAACGACUUAUCACUAAGUCCUAACGAUCGAGUCUUAGCCAUAGCUCACGAGGGGGGCCACCUAAUUCUCUGGGACACUGAGACCAACAACGAGCUUUGCAACCCGCGGAUGGAUAGUGGGCACACGGAAAGUGUAGUGUCUGUCUCCUUCUCCCCCAUGAAAGGGUCGAUGCUGCUUUCCUCCAGUACAGAUCACAGCAUCAGUAUCUGCGAUGUCAAGACGGGCAAGCGACUUCACCGAUUCCUCAGCCAUGCGGACUGGAUCAGGUUUUCCGUCUGGUCACCCGACGAGAAUUACAUAGCCUCUGGUUCAGAAGACGGCGCGGUUCGUAUCUGGAAGAUAGGAGAUAUGGAUGACCAGAAACCUCAAAUUCUCAGACACGGCAAUGAGGACUAUCCCUUGAGCGUCUCCUUCUCCCACGAUAGCCAACUUAUCGCGACGUGCGGCAACGAUAGAAAAGUCUUGAUAUGGAAACGAACACAAAACAAGAAUGGCUGGUAUAUACACCGCAAGCUAGAAGGCCAAGCACUGAGCGUUCUGAUUUCCCCCGGCUCGACGAAGCUGUUGGUGGGCUCCUCUUCCAUGAUCAGAAUCCACGAUUUAAACACUUACCAGAAAUCGAACACCAUCACAACCAAGCACAAGAUCAAGAAGAUGUGGUUCGACAAACACUGGCUAAGCCACGUCAUGACAGAAUACGGCGCCAUACCGCUCAACAGUUCUUCCACGGAGCCAUCCCAGGCUCCGUCAUGGUGUCCCUACUGGCGUUCCAUAGAUCCGCUGAAAGACGAGGAGUGGAUCAUGUGGUAUGACAGGAAGGUCAUCUUCAUCCCGAAGGAGUUCAGACCGAGUGUUUGUGGCGUUUUUGGCCAUAUGGUUGUCGUUUGCACGAAUAAUGGACAUAUUCACGUGUACCGGUUUUCUAAGACGAUGAACCCUGGCAUUACUGCAUAGAUGCCGUUUACCUACCUACUCGAGCGGCACUUUGAAAUCUCGGGAAUCUUAUCUGGGGGGCUCUAUCCAAUUUGAUCAAUUUCUUUCUUUCUUUAUAACAUGGGGGGGGAGGGGUUCGUGAUGAAUUGACGAUAUAUAAUGACAUAACGCAUGACGGGCUUUGGUUUAUGGGGUUUAUGAAAUAUGUGCUAAGUGGGCGAGGGUAUGAUAUAUGAGGAGUAUGAAGGGGGAAUUCUCAAGAAAUUGCAGCAAGUCAGGGGUGAGGUUGAAGUUUUACGAUAGGAUUUGUUUAUCAAAAAGGUUACCUGAUAUAUCAUAAGAUAGUUUUACAGCCUCAGUAAAUAUUCAAUGAUUGAAG